GACAGUAGCAAUUGUUUCAAACGAAAAUGAUUUCGACUUUUAUUAAUACACGAAUCUUGAAGAAUAGAAUUCAAUCACUCUUAAUUCGCAGCGAGACUAACGAGGCACGUGUUCCAAAUGGAACGACGACGACGACGACGACGACGACGACGACGACGACGACGACAACUACAGAAAACAAGGAUAUGCCGAUCGAAAUUGAGAAUCCAUUUAAAAAAGAACGGCGAGUUUGUAUCUUGUGUGAACUGAACAUUGAACCUGAUUACAAAAAUGUUCGCUUACUGUCUCAAUUCCAAAGCCGUUACACGGGUAGAAUAUACGGAAAACACAUAACAGGAUUGUGUGAACAUAAGCAAAAGAGGGUGGAGGAAGAGAUUGUAAAGGCACAAGCAUGUGGAUUAAUGGGAUACAUGACUAAAGAUCCAAAGUUUGUGAACGACCCAAUGUUGUUUAAUCCCAACGCACCGUUCAGGCCCCACAAAUAUUAAAUAAAGUCUGUAGUGGAGUACUUUUAGUUUUUACUUCAAUCGUGUGUCUUAAAUAUCAUAAUAAAUGUACCAUCAACA